GCGAUGGCUAACUUCAUUUUUAUCUCAGGGGUGGUGUCCCCUGUUUUGCUUCAUAGCUUCCCGAUUAGACCAAGAAAGCAUGGGAAUGGUGCGAGGGAAUUUUUGAGUAGACUUGUGUUAAAGAACAAGAUAAGUUGCUGUAAGUUUCUUAUAAGCUGUUCCACAUCCUAGGAGUUCUGCAGUAAAAUCGACGGGAAUUUGGGACACGCUGUUACAACAUUUCACCAGCGAGUUAUUCCGGACAAAGGAAAAGACUUGAACGCUAACGUUAGCUGGCUCCCGGGCUAACUUAGCAUUCUCUAGCUGCGGCGUAAUGCAGGCCAUAAAGUGUGUUGUUGUCGGAGACGGAGCUGUGGGUAAGACCUGCUUGCUCAUCAGCUACACCACCAAUGCCUUUCCUGGAGAGUACAUCCCCACGGUGUUCGAUAACUACUCUGCCAAUGUUAUGGUGGAUGGGAAGCCAGUGAACCUGGGCCUUUGGGAUACAGCAGGACAAGAAGAUUAUGACAGACUCCGCCCACUUUCCUACCCACAGACGGAUGUGUUUCUCAUCUGCUUUUCGCUUGUUAGUCCUGCUUCAUUUGAAAAUGUCCGGGCCAAGUGGUACCCUGAGGUGAGACACCAUUGUCCCAACACUCCCAUCAUCCUGGUGGGCACAAAGCUGGAUCUCAGAGAUGACAAGGACACCAUGGAGAAGCUGAAGGAGAAGAAACUCUCCCCAAUUACCUAUCCCCAAGGACUGGCAAUGGCUAAAGAGAUUGGUUCUGUCAAGUACUUGGAGUGUUCAGCGCUGACUCAGCGUGGCCUUAAAACUGUGUUUGACGAGGCCAUCCGGGCAGUCCUCUGUCCUCCUCCUGUCAAGAAGAAGGGGAAGAAGUGCACUCUCCUCUAAGAAUUCCUCCACUGGAACGGUUACAGGGGAACAUGGGCGCUAGCAGUGAGGGUGGCUAGAGACACAGGAGAAAGACACCAGUAUACCCACAGAAACAAUGUACUUCAGAUUCCUUCCUUCUUUCAAUAAGUGUAGCUACAGCAGUUAUACCGACCAUUUCCAUAAAUAUUUUGACAUGGGUGAGAUUUAGAAGAUGAUUAUAGAACUUUAGUUUUUUCCUAAUAACAUAUACUGUAUAGACAAGAUUAUGAAAUUCUUGAGGCCUUCUGAAAAGGAUUGGAUGUUCUGUAUAAUGGACCGUGGAAUGUUUUCAAUCAGUUCUUCCACUGGUUGUCCACCUUUUUGUGUUUACAGUCUUAGUUUAUUUUGAGUGGAAGAAAUCUUGCCAAACAGUUUUCGCACAUAUAGUAUUUUAGAUGAAAGGAAAAUCUUUGCUCUAUUGUCCUUUA